AUGGCGUCCGAAUCGCAGCAGUCGAAGCAAUAUCUUCUGCCUCCCUUGUCCGAGUUGCUUCGUCGAGACGAGACCACUAACAAUAAUAAUCAUAAUGAUGAUGAAGACGACUCAUUCCCACACAGAUCAUGGAAUCCCUUUGACCGCAGUCUUUCACCCGACCGCGACUAUAUCCGCUAUCAGCCCGCCUCUUCUACAAACGACGACCCCGCUUCACCACCGGCACAACGUGAGACCACGUUUGGCUUAGGAAUCACCAAUACCUUCCCUCAAUCCCCGUAUAAGUCUCCUGAUGAUGCUGAUGACGGCGACCUCGCGACCAAAUCCCCGUAUCCAGAACCCCCGGAGCCCUCGCCAUUACAGUACCAGACGUCGCGGACUACCCUAUUGCCGCAUUCGCCCGAAUACAUAAAAUGUCCAACACACCAGGGAGUUGUCCAGAAGCGAUUGUCAUGGGUUCCCAUCACAAUCCUGGUCCUGGCAAUAUACUCCACCAUCUUCUCCGGCAUCUACCUGGUGCUCGCACUGGCCAAACCGCGCUAUGGCAAAAAGAUCGGUGAAGACGGUGGCCUGGCGCCGUCCACAGCCAGUCUACUUAGUGCGUUAUUCGCUAAAACAAUCGAACUCUCGUACGUGACUGUCUGCGUCGCGUUCCUGGGGCAAGUCUUGAGUCGUCGAGCGAUUACCAAAGGGUCGCGGGGGAUUACUAUCUCCGACAUGAGCAUGCGCACCUGGAUCAUGCAGCCAGGCUCUCUGAUUGUGCAUUGGGAGACUGUGCGGUACUCAGCGCUGACAGUGUUGGGUCUGAUCACGUUGACCGCAACGUUGGUCGCAAUGCUUUAUACCACGGCAGCAGAGGCGCUAGUUGCGCCCAAACUGCGGAUGGGUCCCGUCGAACCUCGGGUCUUGGUCGGCAACGUAUCCACUGAAUUCGCCAAUCCGUAUUACCUCAAAACCCAUUGCUCGACCCCCGUCACUGUGGCCAUGGACCCUGAAGCGGCCGGAAGUACCUGUUUGGAUCUGGAACUGGUCGGACAAGCGUACCACAACUACCAGGCCUAUAUCUCUGCAUGGAGCGAUCUGGUUAAGAGCAAGAACUUGACGUCGUCAAACCUAGCAUCGCGGCUGCCCCCGACCGGCUCGCUGUACGAUAACACCACCGUGACAGGAAGCUGGAUCGACAUUGGCAACAUGACCGGAUUGUCGCUGAAGCACGGCCGAAUGGUCAACAACAUCACUGCUGCGAUGCCCCAUGGAGGAAUCAUCGCCGCCGCGACGGACCCGCGGAAUGGCAUUCGCCAGCCGGUCGAUGUGACCGGCGAAGGAAACUUCGAGAUUGAGGCCUCCGUGCCCUCUCCGGCCAUCAAUGUGCUCUGUGUCGGGAUGACGGAAGAGGAGCUCACCCCCUUGGUAUACGAGAAAUGGCCUCAUGUGCACAACUUUAACCCACUGACCUGGGACUUCGAGGGAUACACAAACGUCUCGAGCGACUGGUUUAAUCGAACGGCCGUCGAUGGCCUCUUCGGGUGGGACCCCGACGCCACGGUAAAGCAGACGCCUCCUGUGUUUGGCAAGUUGCCCAAAGCCAACAAUACCAUCACCAAUACCACGGGCACCUGGCCCACAAACGCCAUCUAUAUGUUAGGAGCUGCACAAAAUAAAACCAUGACCCCCCCUUAUGUGCUGUGCGCACUCAAGGCGAAAUUGUCCCCCGUGUGUUCGACCAAGUAUUCGGCUGCCGCCAGUGGAGCGUCCUUUUCAACCAACUGCGAGAAUCCUGUGAAUCCGUUGCAGUAUAAUCAUCGAAAUCAGAGCGCCCUUGAUGGAGUUUGGGAACCCAACUGGAAGAACGUGGCUGCCGAGUGGUCCAAUUCUUUGAGUUUGAAUUCGGGUAUUACCGACGGCCGUGCCAGCAACGCUCGCCUCCUGAUGCAGUUCAUUCCGGCCCUCGAUAAUCGAACAAAGACCUAUUCGCUUGACCCCAAGCUACCAUCGGUUGGAGAGGCGCUUGCGGUUCUGGCAGGCAGUACCCUGAUCCUUGGGUCGAGGAAUGCCCCUUUUGUGCAAUUCUUCAACUACACCAAGACCGACAACGUAUCUUCUGCACUUGCCGAGCCCGUUCCGCAAUACUUCGAGGCCACAGUUCGCGGCGUGGGAUAUGCCUCCGGGGGCACGGAGCAAUGGCAGAACGUGUUCUAUCUGAUCCUGGUGUUUGCCUUCUUGACAAGCGCCAUCAUUCUCGCAUUCAUCUUGUUCGAGGUGCGUGGACGCCAAAUCACCGACUUCACGGAGCCUCAAAAUCUGUUCGCGCUGGCGAUGAACAGCCCGGCCACCGCGCAGCUGCAAGGGGCAUGCGGGGCCGGACCGCAAGGUCGUCAGCUGAACGAGCGGUUCUAUGUGGCUAUGGAGGAGGAGGAUGAGCAUUAUUACAUUCGGACCAAGGCCGAACAGCAUGUGCGCGCGGCGUCGAUGGGACCCAGUCGCUCCAUGGCCUCGAUGGAUGUCGAUGAUAUGCCGAAGACUGUCAGUCCAGCCAUGGAUGAGUACCGGCGCCUUUCCAGUAGAAGCAGUCUUUUGUCGAGGUUUUAUUAG